AAGCCGCUAGUAGGACACGAAAUCUGCUCCCGUGUUGUUGUGCACGGCGCUGCGCGAUGUACCGGAGCCGGGCGCCCCGGAGCUCGGACAGGCUGCGGAACUGAGCGGCAGGAUGCCGGGCUCGGCGCUGCAGUUCCUCGCCUCUCAUGGGCGCCAGACCCUGGGCCGCUGGAUGCACGGCCGGGAGGACAGUGUGCUCACCUGCUCCGAGCUGGGAGAAGAUGAGCGGCCGCUGAUGCACGCUCCCCCGCCGCACGAGGGCGCCUCUGCCGGCGGGGGGGAUCCGUGGGGCUGCCCGGGGGCGUGCUGGUGCCGGAGCCUGGUGCUGCUGUGCGCGGUGGGCGCCGUGUGCUGCUUCUCCCUGGCGCUGGCCCGCCACUACCUGAAGGACCUGCUGGUGUGGGUGGAGAGCCUGGACAGCGUGGUCGGGGUGCUGCUCUUCAUCGUCGGCUUCAUCCUCGUCUCCCUGCCCUGCGUCUGGGGCUACAUCGUCCUCAACGUGGCCGCCGGCUACCUGUACGGCCUGGUGCUGGGGAUCGGGCUGGUCAUCGUCGGGGUGCUGAUCGGCACCUUCAUCGCCCACCUCGUCUGCAAGAAGCUGCUCACCCACUGGGUGCUGGCGAAGAUCGAGAGCAGCCAGAGGCUGGGAGCCGUCAUCAGGGUGGUGGAGGGGGGCAGCGGGCUCAAGGUGGUGGCCCUGGCCAGGCUCACCCCCAUUCCUUUCGGCCUCCAGAAUGCUGUCUUCUCGAUUACAGAUCUCUCAUUACCCAACUACCUUGCGGCAUCCUCAGUGGGCCUGUUCCCAACCCAGCUCUUGAAUUCCUACUUGGGAACAACUUUACGUACGAUGGAGGAUGUCAUUGCGGAACAAAGUGUUAGUGGAUACUUCAUAUUCAGCUUACAGAUUGUAAUAAGCAUAGCGCUUAUGUUCUAUGUUGUUCACCGGGCCCAAGUUGAGCUGAAUGCAGCUAUUUUGGCUUGUGAAAUGGAGCUGAAGACCUCUCUGAAGGACAGUCAGCUCAACGGCGGCAGCUCUCUAUUUUGCAGCAAAAGAACCUUGUUAUCUAUGGGUGGGAUCAACAUCGUAUGAUUUCUGCUUGAGUCGUGCAGCCUUUUGUUAUUGCCAAGACUCCAGUGACUUUCUCUUCGUUGAAGGAAGAUUUUGGGCUCCUCCAGAACUUUCCAAAUGAACCUUUUAAGUGGUUUUCCUUUUUCAAGGAUGCCCACCCGGAUCUCCAUGUUGGCAGCAUCCUUUUGAUCUUCACAAUCUGUGUGCCAUGGCAUAUACAAUGCACUUUUCCUGCACAGCUCUUAAGAACAAUUCACAUGGCAUAUUUAUUUAUUAAUGCACAUUGCAAUUUCUUACAAAAUUAAGAAAACGUGUAAAAAAAAAAAAUAUGCUAAAUUGUAUUUAUGAUUUCAAGUUUUUUGUUUUUAAAGUAUUUUUAGAGGAUUAUCCCACCUGAAAUAUAGGGUGAAUCCUAGAAAACUUGUACAGAAAUCGUACAUAAGUCAAAGAAGGACAGCUUUUUGCAACAUUAUUUUUAUAUUGUCCCAAUACAUCUAACAACUUUGCAGCUUCUUUGUGCCCCUGCUCUAAUACAGACUGAUGUGUCGCUAUGGUAACAGACUAAUAACAAACCCUGUGUAGUCAGAUCCUGCUGUCACGCUCCCAUUCAGCUGUCCCUACUUCUUUCUAUCAUACAUUUAGUAGGUUAGCAAGAAGGACGUAAGAUACAGAAGAUCAGUCUACACUAAAUUUGCUUGUAGUCUAUUACCAUGGAGAUUCAUUGGUCUGCAUAAGAAUUAUAGACAGAAAAAUAUUUUUUUGAAUGAUUUGCAAAGCUGCUUUAAAGGGGUAUUCCUAUCAGACAGUGGGGGCAUAUUGCUAGGAUAUGCCCCCAUUGUCUGGUAGGUGCGGCUCCCACCUCUGUGACCCGCACCUAUAACGAGCAUGGAGUGGGAAGAGCUGUGGCUGAAGGACCCCGUAUUUCCCGGGGUCCGUCCACCACCAAGCGCUGCUCCCUUAGUAAAUGGGAGUGCAGUGCGCAUGUGCGGCCCCUGCUUCCAUUCAUUUCUAUGGGGCAGACGGAAAUAGUCGAGCCAGCGCUCUAUUUUCGGCGGCCCCAUAGAAAUGAAUGGAGGGUAGCUGCGCAUGCACAGUGCGCCCUCCUUUCGUUUCCCCGCCCCUUACUCAUUGUAGGUGCAGGUCCCAGAGGGGACACACACCUAUCAGACAAUUGGGGCAUAUCCUAGCGAUAUACCCCCAUUGUCUGUGAUGGGAAUACCCCCUGGAUUUUCAUUUUAGAUACAUUGAACAGUAUACAAAACUUGGAUUUCAAGGUGGGUCUUCCCUUUACAGUUGGGUAUUGGGGCAGAGGUUUCUCCUAUGUAGAGUAGACUUCUCGCCCUGAAAUCCGACUAACCACGUUAGACAUUUUGUUGGCUGCAUGUGGUGUGGGGGACGUUUACUUGCAUAUUUCCGAAGGUUUUAGUUAGUCCUUUUAUAUGAAGUAAUUUGUUAGACUUUUAUUAGUUCUUUUGACAUUUGCCUAGUGAUAGUGUUCGACAACCACAGGACCACUUUUCUUGUCCAAGGAAAGCAAUUCAGAAUUACCCCCUACAAAGUGCUCUUAAACCAGUUGUGUUUUGUUAACCUGUUGAGUUCCUUAGAUACAACUGGAGUUUUGGCUUGUUGCGGGUAAAAGCCAUGUUUAUGUCAAGGGCUAGGUUUACAGAUAGUUGUCGCUUACCUAAAAGAGUUCAAGCUGGGUAUAGUCGGUAGCUAAACUGGGUUACAUUAGGCUCCAUACUCUGCUAUAGAUGCUGUGUGGUGUUCUCCCCUAAAACCAGCAAGAAGCGCCACUGUAAUAUGGCAUCUGAAGGGGCAUGCAAUAGUUUUUUUUUUUUUUUCUGACAGAUUCAUCACGAAUCCUAUAUAAAACCCCUUUUUAUGCCUCUGUAUGAGGUAUAAAGUAGCGUCCCAUACAGUUUUAUGGGUACAACUUGGAAACUGUUGGAAGUAUAAUACUGUUAGGCACAUGAUUCUUUAGGGUAGUAAGGCAGUUUGUGAAUAAAUGGAGAGGUUAUAAUUCGAGGAAAAUUAUAUCUCCUUAUGGAGAGCGCCUAAAGAGCGUGAGGAGUUUGAUUGGCCAGACAACGCUCCUCUGGAAUUCUGGGAAGAGGAUAUGUAACUCAGUAGCUGCGCCAUUUAUCCAGGCAGAUAAAUGAGCUCUUAGCCUCUGAUGCCACCAGAUGUAAGACACCAGAUGAUGCCACCAGAUGUAAGUCGGUGUUUGACCUUUUAAACAGGCCUUUAGACAUGACUCUGAUAUUAAAUAAACCAGCAACUCAUCUGCAGACAGCCUUUUUGGGAGCUGGCUUAAUUAUUAUCCAUGUCUCAAGACCUGUUGAACAGGUUGAACAUUGACUUGUAGGAUCGCUACCUUACAUCUUGUGGCAUUAGAGGCAGAGUUUGCUAAGAGCUUUUUUGCAUUCCCUCUUUCCAGAAUUCCAUAGGAGCGUUGCCUGGCCUAUAAGACUCCUCACACCAUUUAGGUGCUCUCCAUAAGGAGAGAGAGUUUCCCCCGAAACCUGACCUGGCCUCUCACCCAUAUGAGAUGCUGGCUUGAUUAUUAUCCAAGUCAUGUUUCAAGACCUGUUUAAAAGGUCGAACACUGACUUGUAGGAUAGCUGCCUUACAUCUGUGACAUUACAGGCAGAGCUUGCCAAGAGCUUGUUUGCAUAUCUUCUGGAAUUUUAAAUUUUGACUUGAAUUUUGUCUAUAUGGAAGGCAGAGUUAUUGGUUGUCUUUAUGACAACUAUGUUGCUAUUUGCUCACUUUAACCUUUAGGUAUUUCUGGCCCUCUUGACUCUUUUUAGACUUGACAUCUUCUCGUUGUGUAGGACUUGCCGAUACACAAGACUUAUUUACUCUACGGUACAUGGCAAUAUGUAUUGUACAAGUCCAUUUUGGUAUUCUAUUUUUGUAGACGUAGUUGUAACAGUAUCGCUUACUUCUUUACAAGGAACCUCGACAAUACAUGUAUAGAAAUUUGUGGAGAUGGCAAGAUCUUCAGAUUUUUAAAUGCUGGACUGUGUGCAGCACGUACUAUUGAGUGGCCUUCAAAUUUUUAUGCCUCUUUUGUUUUUAUUUCCACAUGUAAUAUAAGCUUUAAAACUGUAUACCCUAUAGCCUUUGCUUGGAUUUUGUAUUUGACGUCUGCAUUUGUUGCUUGCACACGAUGGAGGGAGAUGCUGUGGAAGAAAGCAUAUUUUUUUAUUUUUUAGGUUCUUGUCAAAUUUGGUUCCGCCCAUAAAACGUCUUUCUCCAUUAUGUGUAGUGCACAAGUGAGCUUUGGACUUCUACAUCCCUGUUCUGUUUCUGUUCCACUCGCUUUGCACAUAUUUUUCCAUUUCAAAGGUAAGGUAUCUGCUAAAUUUGUAUUCCGAGAUGGUGAGACCAACCCGCCCCCCUUUUUUUACUCAGGACUUUUGAAAUGUGAAUUUUCAUCUGAGUUACUACAGUUCGAGCUAUGGAAUAUUAAACUCUAAUAGAACAGAUGUGUUGAGUAAAUCUGUAAAAAUCUGUUCUUGUGGGAACAAAAAUAAAUAAAAUCUUCCUUG